AUGGCAUCCUCCGACAGCGAUAGCAGCUCGAGCAGAUCGACCUCGCCUGAGCUUAUGACUGAAAAAGAGAAAAAAAUGACGCAACAUCUGAAGCCGCAGGAAUCAAGUGAAGAUGAAACCUCAGACUCAGGUUCAGACUCGGAUAGCGACUCCGACAGUAACGAAAUGAAGCCCAGCUCCAGCUCAGGCAAGAAGGUCAUCAUUUCCGGUCCUCAGCCAUACAAACCACCAGCGGGUUUCAAGUCUGCGAAGAAGCAAGCCCCGCCAUCAUCCAAAGUUUCCUCCCUUCUCUCCAACCUCAACGGCAAACAAAUCCUCCACCUCACAGCACCAGCCUCUCUACCUUUGUCCAAGGUCAAAGAGGUGUGCAUGGCCAAGAUCAUGCAGGGUGAACCGAUCAUCACCCACGAGGGUGUGAACUACGGUAUCCCAGUCGAUGCUCUUUCCGAGGCCGAUCCUGCCACCAAAUCGUUGCUUAUUUUCGACGAGAAGACACAAAAAUAUUGCACAGCAGCUCAGAGUGUCCCAAGUUACCACGUUCAAGAAAUGAUCGGUCUCCCAAGCACAUCGAAGAAGACCGACGCUGCAGUGGCAGAAUUGCGCAAAUAUGUCAAGCCAGCCCGGCCGCAGCCGAAGAACUUGAAGAUGCGCUUCCGACCUGUCGGAACAACCGCUGCGCCCCCAGAGACUCUUGGAUCUGACUCGGAAUCCGAGGCUGAGGUGCCUUCAUUCAAGGUUCCCAAGGGAGAGGAGCGGAAGAGGAAGCUUGAUCAUGACGAAGCUGAGGAUGAAGCUCCCCAAGCGACAGCGCUUCCUCGGAAGAAGUCAAAGAAGCACUCACAAGAAAAGGAGGAGGAUGAUAGUCAGAGUCGGAAAAAGUCCAAGAAGUCCCACAAGGAUAAGGAGGAAAAGAAGCGGAAGAAGUCCGAAAAGGCAUGA